GUCCCAUAUCAUAGGUGCGCGCGGAUCCCAAGACUUACGGUCUCCGUCCCCGAUUAUGGCUCCUGAUUUAGGCCAAAAGUAAACGGGAUGCGGGACACUCCGUCACCCCCUGCCUAAUGGGGCCUCUCUGUUCGCGGACAAAUAUCUGAGCAUCUUUUCGCCUCAAAUGGAGGAGGGUAUUGUUUACAUAUCCCUAAGUUUUCUAAAUAUAUUUUCUUCUUACCAGCUCGGAGACCUAUAAAUAUCCCAAAAAAUAUCCGAAUAUUUACUUGUCUAAGUCAUUUGUAAUGACACUGGGUCGAAAUCGGACCCAGGCCACAUUGGUGAGGAUGGCAGUGGUGGGAGCGCUCGGAGGAAGGAAUUGGUCCUAGUACGUUUCAAGAUGGCGGUAGAAAUGGAAGGACCUCUUUCUAAAUGGACGAAUGUAGUAAAAGGAUGGCAGUAUCGGUGGUUUGUUUUAGACGACAAUACAGGGCUUUUGUCCUACUAUACGUCCAAGGACAAAAUGAUGAGGGGAACAAGAAGAGGGUGUUUACGACUCAAGGGGGCAAACAUUGGAAUUGAUGAUGACGAUGACAGCACGUUUACCAUUAAUUGUGAUCAAAAGACAUUUCACUUUCAAGCUCGUGAUUCAGAGGAGAGAGAACGCUGGAUAAGGGCCUUAGAAGACACAAUCAAAAGACAUUCUCAAGCAAGAAAGAGAACAAUGGCUGGUUUUCAGACCCUAUUUGAUCCCUCUCAAGAAAAUUUAGAGCAACGCUUAGCAGAAGCUGAAGCGUAUCAGAAGAUUCUUGAACAGCAAAUCAAGGCUCUAAACACUCACAUGAGUGCUGACACAGGAGCUCACGAUUCACAGAGAUAUGCCAUUCUCAAGGAAUCAUCCACUGUAAGUUUAACCUUGUGUGCACAAUUAUAUAACUUUGCUUUAUAGAGAGCUC